AUGUCAACAAAACACCUUUUCGAUCAGCUACCGGCACAACUAAAGAAUUUCUUUAAGAAGUAUCCACCAUCUAUCAAAUUUGCAGAUAAACCAGUAUCAACCCAUGCAAUCGAGGCCAAUCCCUUUUUACCCAACAAGCACCCAGUAACUGGUCGUUAUCACGAACCCAAGUAUUCACUGAGACGGUCCAGUGACCUUUACAAGAUGGCUUACCUGUACGGGGUCCAAAAUAUGCUACCUCCAAUGAAGAAGAAGUUCUUCGAGGAAAAAUAUGAAAACAAGAAGAUGAUGAAAGGUGUAUUACUACCAAAAGGACAUAAGCAUGAGCUACAACGCGAAGGUAAGAUAGCAAAGAUGCAGGAAGCCAUUAAGAAUGCAGAUAAAUUCAUCAUUGACGCUAAAGGUGCCAAAUAUAUGAGAAAACUCGAGGAAAAGAAGAAGGCAAACGCCAAGACAUGGUUCUAG